AUGACGCAGUCGGACAAGACAAAAAGCCACUGGCGCGUAUUGCGCAAUGCAAUUGUACGGUCAACAUCUAAUGAUACAUCAUCAUCAUCAGUCGAUAUAACGAGGACUACAGCAUCUUCUAUUGCCACCGAUUUUUUCCCGCUGUGUCCAGUGUCUUUUGUUGACACAGUAAAGGUCUCAAUGCACACACCUGCAAAAGAUAAUUUCGCGUGGAUGAUGUACAACUUAUCAGCAGCAAUAGAGAGUGAGACGGAAAGAUCGAUAACUGUCGUCGUACAUGAAAAGCGAAAGGACGUCAAAUUUGUGCCUAUUUCGGAGCUGCAGAGUCAUCAAAUGAACAACGGCGUGGACAAUACGGGCAACAUUCGCACGUGGCCGUCCGAACAGAUUUUAUUAUCAUACAUAAUCUCAAGUGGCAUUCUUUCGCAGAUACAAAGCGUAGGUAGACCGGAAUUGCCUGUAUCAUGUUGUGAACUAGGAAGCGGUAUGGCAGGUCUUGCAUCCUUGGGGCUACUAGCUUGUGCACCUGUCGACUUUGAGCGCGUUGUAAUAACGGACGGUAAUUUGCUAUGUGUGAAUAAUUUGCAGCUAUGCGUUGCAGAGAAUCAGAGACAAAAUACUUUCCCUGCUCGUGUAAACAACACGAAAAUCACAGCGGAGCUUCUGCGCUGGGAUCGCAAUGCCACUUUACGCAAGGAUUUGCAGCAACAAUUUGAUCUUGUCUUCGCAAGUGACUGUUUAUUCUUCGAAGAGUUUCAUGAAGACCUCGCACAUACCAUUAAAAACCUAUUACGUCGCGGCUCGGGUCGCUGUCUCCUCUUGCAGCCAAGUCGCAGCGGCUCGUUAGACCGCUUUUGUGUCAUUGCUAAACAAUAUGGUUUUACCACUACACAGUCCAAAGAUUUUGACCCAACAAUCGUAGAAAAACACCAAGAGUAUCAACAAACGCGACCAGAUUACGUGCCCGAUGUACAUUUCCCUGUCCUGCUCACGUUGACGUUAAAUAUAUAA